AUGGAGUUGCAACUGUUCUCGGAUAUGUCAUCUGAGUAUGAGGAUUCGAGAACAAAUGCAACAAAUGCCAUAUUAGAGGCAAUGAAGGAUCCUGGAUAUCUAAAUUUUUUACUAAAUCUACUUGACCAGAUUAAAACAGAGCAAAAUCACAUAAUAGUAACCAAUGUUUUAUAUGUGAUAUACAAGAUGCUUGGUACCCAUAAGUAUUCGUAUGAAAGCCUUCAAUUAUUAUCUGAUCAUCUCUUUGAUCUACUUCUGGAAAUCAAUUACGAACAAAUUAGAUUUUUGAAUCGAUGCUUAUCAAAAAUAUUCAUACCCCAUCCUUUAUUAGUCAAUCGUUAUCUUCCAAUCGUAAUAAAUGAAAUUAUUAAGCAUGAAACCAUUGAAAAAACAGUAAUUUCAUUAUGCUUUGCAUCUACAUUCAUUGAAUAUUCCAAUAAAAAAGAUUUUAACUUAGAAGCUUACUCAAAUACGUUAAUUCCACAAUUUGUUGAAAUAAUGAACAAUAUUUUUACAGAAACAGGCGAUGGACCACUUAGUUUUGUAUUCAUAGAUAUGAUUGAUUAUAUAUUUAGUAUUUUAUCAAUUUUAUUAGAAAAAGUAGACUCAGCAUGCCUAAAUGAAUGUACAUUACAGCUUAUACAGAUUGUUCCACAACUUCUUGCAUCUCCAGAUCUAAGAGAACAAAUGAUUCAGCUAAGAAAACAUUUAUUGACUGUUUAUGAGUACAGUAAAGGGAUUGUUCACAUUCUGAUCAAUAAUUAUGGUAAUCCUGACCAAGUAAGUUCCACAAAAAGAGAGUUUUCCGCAUUUAUUAAAGAAGAUUAUUCAAUUUCAAUAAUAAAUAGCCUUAUACAGCUAUAUGAACAAGCUUCUGAUAAUUCUGAUAUCGUAACAUCCAUUAUUCCCAUAUUUAAAACCAUGAUUAACCGUGGAAUUCACUUGGAAAUUUUAAUUUCAGAAGAAUUCAUAACAAAGUUCAUUUACAACGUAUCAAAAUUGACACAAGAAGAUGUAGCUCUCAUGGAACAGAAUCCUCUUCAAUAUUAUUACUUCUGUGUGAAUAUUAAAGAAAAAUCUGGUGACAAAAUCACAAGAGGAUGCAUAUACUACUUGUUAAAGGCAAUGUACAAUGAGCAGCCACGAAUAAUUGAUUAUAUUAUUGAGCAUUUCGCUGAAGGAUGUGAAGAUGAGUCAAUUUUGGAAUCAAAGCUAUUUUUGUUAUCUAUUUGUUCUCAAUUUGUAAAAUUUGAUGAAUCUGUUGUUGAUCCGAUCAUCAAAUCCAUUGAUUAUUCGAAUAAUAUUUAUAUUCGGUUGCAAUUUCUUAAUUUUCUAUCAAGAAUUGCUGAAAAUAGUUCUGUUGGAUCAAUAGAAACACAUUCUUUUAUUAUUGACCUCAGUUGCCAAGUAAUUUUAACAGAUCCAAGCGAAUUAGGCCGAUUCGCUGGUUGUCUUCUAUUGUUGGCAUCACAUGAUGAUAAAUCAUUCAAUGUGGCCCAACAUUAUGACGUUAUGGAGAUAAUUCAGACAUCUUUGACUCUUCUUGAAACAUUUAACCACAAAAAACUUCAACAAGUCAUUUCUUUAGUGGCUACAUCGUAUCCAAAUAAUGUUAUUGACUCGUCAGUUGAUUUAAUUUCAACAAUGAUGAAGUUAUGGGAAGAAUACGCUUCUCAAAUGACAGAAGAGUCAGAUCCAUCAUCAAACGGAAGUGAAUUAUUGGUCUCUGUAGCUGCAAUCAUCGAUUCGUUACCUAUAGACACGUUUAAAAACGAAUCUGAAAAUAUUAUUGAUUUUAUUUUGAAUUCACUGUUGAAUUAUCGCAAUUCUAUGAGUGAAAUGCAACUUUGCUGCAUACUCACAUCACUCAAAAACAAAUUAACUGAAGUUCCAAUGACAAUUUACAAUAUUUUUGAUGUUCUCAACCAAAUCACUGAAAAUGAAGAAGGACAAUAUGAUUUAAUUGAAAAAAGUCUUGGUCUCAUUAUCUGUUUGAUCAAAGAUUUCAAUAAUUUCGUUGCAUCAGAAAAAAUGCAAGUUUUUAUUGAAUUUAUUGACAAUGUAAUACAACAAACAGAUUUAGGACUAUUUUUGGCAUCAAUUCCUUUUGUUUUGGCUUUCUUGGUCCAAAAAAUGGAACAAAAUUCUUCUGUUUUUGAAAUUGUUCAGAGAUCUUUUAUGUUUUUGAAUGAUGACACAGAGAUAUCAGUAUUCUCAACAAGCGUAAUGCUUCUUGCAUCAGGAAUUUUAAUAAAUGAAGAUGAAAUUUGCCAAAAUGUGAAUGACGAAGUAAUUGAAGCAAUUUUGAGGAGAUUAAGGAAUAUUUCAAAAUGCGAUAAUCGAACUAUUAAAUAUACAGUGAUUGUUCUCACUUCUUUAGGAAAACAGAGAAAUUCUGAAGAAUUAAUCAAUUCUGCUAUGUUUUUAUUAGAUAAAAAGAAUAAUAAAGCUUACAUAGAGAGUAGUAGUGAUGAAUAUGAAGAAGAUAUCUGUUUAUUCGAUGAAGGAGAUAUUGAUGAACACGCAAUACCAGAUUAUGAAUUACCGUUUGAUUCAUUGAAUGCUACAGCUUAUUAUAAUGCCAAAAUUGGCAGUCAAACUAACUAA